AUGCAAGUUCAAAAUUUCUGUGAAAUUUGUUAUGAACACACUGGAUUGUCCUUGUUGGAAUGCAAUUGCAAAGUGUGUCUAAACUGUAUUAAACACUACACCAAGGUAAUUGGAUUUAAAUUAUAAACCUAGAUAAAAAUAGAAGAGUUUUGGACAUCUGAUGGUACACAUUUAAAUAUCGAUUGUCCAGGAGGUUGUUAAUAAACCCUUUACUUUGAUUCUAUCGAAUAAUUAGCCAUCAGAAACUCUUUCAUUUAAGAUAUUCAUGACCAAUUAUUUAAAAGCUAUUGUAAAAAAUCUAUUGAUGUCUAAUAAUGUCCAAACUCAAAUUGCGAAUUCUAUUAUUUAAAACCUUGUAAAUCCUAUUGUGUUGAUAUUUGUGAAAUCUGCUAAACUCGCUUAUAAACUUAUGACCAGAUUUCAUAUAAAACACUUUUGAAUGAAAUUACUGAAUUUACCACUACUUAUUAAUGUCCUAGAUGUGAAGUUAAAAUUACUAAAAAUGGUGGUUGUUCACACAUGACAUGUUAAGUUUGUAAAUUUGAAUUUUGUUGGGAUUGCAAAUAAAAUUGCAAAGGCCAUGAUUGGAGUAUUUGUAUAUAUAAUAAUAUAUUUACACUAAUCAUCAAAUACUAACUUCUUUACGCCUUAUUGAUUUCUACAGGUCUCGACGUCUACUUACUAUUAAUUUGUGGAUACGUAUUUUCAAUAACAUACUUAUUCAUACUCAAUAACUCAAUCAUAUUGCUGUCUGGAUUGAUGGUGGUUUAAUUGAAGAAAUUAAAUGAUAAAUAUGAGAAGAUCACCUUUCACAGAACCAUAGUUGGAUCACUGACCUUGGUCAUCCUCAUUUUUAUAUCCUACUUUAUCUUAGAACAAACUCUUGCCGAUUUCAUUUUUUACAUCAUCAAAGAAAUCAUAUACGCACUCUUCUUUACUAUUAUUACUACUAUUUUGAAUGAGUUUUACAAAUACAAAAUUAAGUCGAAUUGA